AUGUCCACCAACUACGCACUGGCGUCUCAGUGCCAGCUACGCCGUGAUGAGUUAGGUGAGCUUUUAGCCCUUGCGACCAUCGUGGAAUCGCACAGCAAGAUGCCAGGCUCCGUUGAUGGUGGGGUCGGUAAUAAUAGUAUUAGCACCGAAUCAUCGGACCGGAACGCCAUCGUGGCUUUGUGGCAUACCUUUCUCACUAGCGCACAUGUACGCUCUCUGACGACUGAUACGUUGGUGCGUGUGUCCAUACCUAAAAGUAAGCAGCAAUUACUUAUCCACGAUAACGAACAUAUUCGCCCAGCCGCUCAGUCAAGUGAAUCGACGAAGAAUAAACAGCAGUAUUAUCGCCUGGGGAGCGUCAUGACAAUCGUACCACAUCCUCGAGUAGUGCCAGAAAACCAGCAAACCACAGCGACUAACGCCAAUGAUGUCGGUACGGCGGCACACCUGUCCAGUUGGUUGCUUCAGAUUAACUUUGGGGAUGUGGCAGACCUUCUUAGCGCGAAAUACGUGUCCAAUGAGCCCUUUACGGCAGAGGAACACACAGUUUACGUACGGUCGUAUGUGGCUAAGUGCCUAAACUCGAAUAUUCCCCUUUCCUCCACAAGUUAUGCAGAGGUUGUAGCGCGAAACGUUAAGGACAUUCAUCGUUUUGUAGAGGCUGUGAAAGUACAUCGUAAAGGGAACGGGGAGACGGCUUUGCAACCCUCAAGCGGCGUUACUCUUGGAGCCACAAAACGAUUGCGCUCUGAGGUGGGCGAUGUCGGAGAUGGGGUUGAUAAUGAUUCUGACGAUGAUGACUUUACAUACAGGACGGUGGGUAACGGAUACGGUUCCGAUAAGCAUGACCGACAGGCGAAGUUGGUGGAAGACCAGGAGAGACGGCUCGUCGCUUUACGCCAGCAUUUGAACAGCAAGAACAAUGAACUUCAACGUCUCCUCCAAGCGCAGAAGCGCGCCGCCGCUGACCACCUAGCUCAACAGGAGCAAUGGAACAUAAAGGCAGAGUCUCAAGGAACUGCAUUGCGACGAGCGGAGAAGGAGCUAGUGGAGGAACGUGCCAAACGGCAGCAACAGCAAGAGAAAACUGAUAAGCUUAUCACGCAACUGAAACGGCUAGCGGAGCAAACACGCAAGUUCAAGGACGUCUCUGACACCGUAGCAGAGUGGCUGUGUGUAUCCUCCAGACAACCGGAGGAAGUGCGGGCGCGUGUGCAGGAAAAAAUGGCAGAGAAUAAGAAUUAA